AUGCCGCCAAAAUCAACGCCCAAAUCGAAAUCGAAAUCCAACCAAGACCCGCAUUUCAAACCAGGCUCAAAAGUGGAAAUCAUGUCAGACGACGUAGGAUUUAGAGGCUCAUUCUACACAGGAACAAUAGUGAAGGCAACAAGAACGCCUAAGUUCACAGUCCAAUAUGACAAAAUGUUUGAAGACGAAGAAGGGAAAAAACCCUUGAAAGAAACAGUUAAUGAGUUCCAAAUAAGGCCAAUAGCACCAAGAGAGAAGAAGAGGGAGUUCAAGCUUAGUGAAGAAGUUGACGCUUAUCAUAAUGAUGGGUGGUGGGAAGGUGUGAUAACUGAGGUGAAUGAAAAUGGGAAGUUUGCUGUGUUUUUUAGGAGUACUAAGGAGCAGAUUGAGUUUGUCGAGGAGGAUUUGAGAUUGCAUAGAGAGUGGGUUAAUGGGGAGUGGAAACCACCAAUGGAACGAGAAGAAGAGAAUGAAGAGAAACAGGAGGUGAAAGAGGUGAAAGAGAAAGGAAAUGAGGUGGGUUUUGGUCUAUCAUGGACUUUGAAUCUGUGGUGUGUUGCUUUUGGGUUUUUUGAAAAGCAGGGUUCUAAAAAGAGAAAGAAACUCUUUGAAGGAGAGGAGAAAGAAGCGACGAAAGCGGUGGAAAGGAGGGUUAAUAAGUUGAUGAUUUUGGUUAAUGGGUUUGAGUGGUUUUUGGGUUUUAUUGACGAACAAAGGGGAGCUCAGUGGGAUUGGGAGAGGGAUUUUCUUUUGUACACUGUUGGUAUUGCUGGAAAAUCCUUUCUAAUGAGUUGCUAUUCUGUAUUCAACGAUCCUUUUAACUUAUUCUGUGUGUUUUGUCUUUUGCGGAAAGUGGCCAAUACCGCACAAGUGAAGCCCAUUGAAUCACCGAAAGAUGUGACGUUCAGCAAGGGAAUGCUUGUUGAGGUUAGCAGUGAUGAAGACGGUUUUAAAGGUGCUUGGUUUGCCGCAACUAUUGUUGAACCAGUGGGGAAGGACACGUUCCUUAUCGAGUACAAAAGCUUGAGAACAGAAGACGAUAGUGAUUUUCUGAGGGAAGUGGUUGACAUUUUGCACAUCAGGCCCGCUCCACCAGAAACUAUUAUUGUUGAUCGAUUCAAGAAGCUGGAAGAAGUUGAUGCUUUGUACAAUGAUGCCUGGUGGGUGGGUGUAGUUACUAAGGUAAAUACCUACCCAAAGUAUGUGGUCUACUUCAAGGAUUCCAGUGAGGAAUUAGAGUUUCAGCACUCUGACUUAAGGCCACAUCAGGACUGGAUCAAUGGCAAAUGGGUCACUCCUUCACAUUUCUUGGACCAAGACAAAAACAGUGAGCUUCAAUUCUUGGACCAAGACAAGAACAGUGAGCUUCAAUGCUUGGACCAAAAUUAA